UUGUAGUUUGGAGGUAUAUACCUCUAGUUCGCGUAUAAAUCAGGAAUGAUGUAGGCAUAAUACAUAUUUUUGUGUUUAAAGGUUUUACACAAUGUUCGGACAAGUAGUUAUUGGGCCUCCAGGAUCUGGAAAAACCACCUAUUGUCAUGGCAUGUCCGAAUUUUUAUCGGCCUUUGGAAGAGAGGUGGCAGUCAUCAACCUAGAUCCUGCUAAUGACCAUCUUCCCUACAAAUGUGACGUAGAUAUAUCGACUUUAAUAACCCUCUCUGAUGUCAUGGAUUCCUUAAAACUCGGACCUAAUGGUGGCCUUAUCUAUUGCAUGGAAUACUUGGAGCAAAACAUUGAUUGGCUCCAGAAUGAGCUAGCAAAACUUAAAAACAAGUACUUGUUGUUCGAUUUCCCAGGACAAGUUGAAUUAUACACACAUUACAAAUGUGUUCGCAAUAUUCUAGCUAGGUUGCAGAAAUGGGACUAUCGCCUUGUAGCUGUGCAUCUUGUCGAUUCUCAUUAUUGUAGUGAUGCAUCAAAGUUCAUCUCAGUGUUAUUAACUUCUCUGUCUACCAUGCUACAGCUAGAACUUCCACAUGUUAAUGUUCUGUCAAAAUGUGACUUGAUAGAGAAGUUUGGAAAGCUCUCAUUCAACCUGGAUUUUUAUACAGAUGUGUUGGAACUUGGCUAUCUAUUGGAUGAAUUUAAAGCUGACAAAUCACUGCAGAAGUAUAAGAAAUUAAAUUCAGCUCUGAUUGAUCUAGUACAAGACUACAGUCUGGUCUCAUUUGUUCCACUCAAUGUAGAGGACAAAGAAUCAAUGCUGCGAGUCAUGAGGCAGGUGGACAAGGCCAAUGGUUAUGUGUUUGGGGACCUAGAAGAAAGAGACAUUCAAUCCAUGAUGUCCUGUGCUGUUCAGGCAGAGUUUGAAUACGAGAAAAUCAAAGACGUUCGAGAGAAAUACAUGGACACAGAUACAGGAGAAAUUAGGGAUGACAGUUAAAGGAAAAUGAGAACAAAAUUCAUCUUUAUUUUAGCUCACAGUGUUUCAAGCAAUCACAACAAUAAAGAUGUGAACAUUAAAUGAACUUUAUAUCACAUUCACAGUAGAACAGUUUAAUUGCUGAGUACCGGUAUUAUUUAUUGUUUACAUAACUACAAGUUUUCUAUUUGGAAUAGGGUCACAGAUCCUGAAUACUGUCCUAUGGCAUAUAUCAGGGUUUUGUUUAGAGGAUUGUCAUCUCUGCUGAUGAAUCUGAAAAUAUAAAGAAUUUUUUUU